AUGUCUCCAUCAAUGUCAUCUCGAGAAGACGCUGGAAAUCAGCCAUCAAAAUCCGAAAAAUCUGUAGCGUGGCCCGGGGGCGAUGCUGCGACCUUACCAUUAGGUGCAUUCUCACUGGACAUCAGGGCAUCCUUCGAGCUUGAUCGAAUGCUGGGCAAUGGAAAACUUAUCGGCGAACUCGAAACGACGUGGGAUGAGCCUUUCGAUGGGUGACCAACUUCUCAUUUAUUCACAUCUGACAGACCUCUUCUUCCCUCCCGUUAUUGGCGUCAGUCUUGCGCUCACACUGAAGGGUACAUUCAUGUGACAAUCAGAACAACACACAGCUUGACAUCGGUGGC